CUCCACGGACUUGAGUUUCUUACCACCAGUCUUCUCUUGCGCGACAUGGCCCUGCCGCUCCCGCCCGCGUCCAACCUCCACGCCAUCCUCCUUGUCACCAAAUCGCGCUCGCUAGGCCCUCGUCUCGUAUUUCAUUAUCCACCGCUCUCACCUGCUUCGGUACUCUCGACGCAAAAGGCGCCCGCUUGGUACGGUGCCGAGACUUCGACAGGAAGCGUUGGCGACUCCAACAGCUCAAGCAGCGAGUGGGACAGCAGCACCGAGAACGAAGGCCCUGAUGAUGAUGCGGGGAGUCGCACAAGUGGUGGAAGAGGCUCGGGGAAGACCGGUAAUAGCCACAGUCAUCGUGGAGAAAAGGAUGGGAAAUUGCGCCCCGGCGUUGCUGGGGCGUGGGCCAGGCACGAGAGCAUAGACGAGGAGGACGCUGAAGCAGAAGGUGAUGGGGAGCGCAGUGAAAAAGAUAGCAACGGGAAGCACAAGGGCGGUGAUCGGGACUGGGAUACUGUAUUGGGAUUCAAGGUCGAUGCGCUGGAGAAGAUGCUUUGCCCAGAUCGAGCUUUCAACAAGAGGAAAUUCGAGCUAGGGGUGGAAAGUGUAGUGUUUGUCGGCGCACCCAUGUUCGUGAGGGAUGAUGGCUUGUGGAAAAAAAGGAAAAAGCGACGCAAGCGAUCGCCAGAGCAGAAAAGCAAAGACGGCCAGCCUGUCGCGGAUUCGACCGACGAUAGAUCCGAUGAUGAGGAAAGGGAAGAACAGAACGCAAAGCAGAAGAGGCCCCCAAUUAAAAAGAACGAGUCAUUCAUAUUUCCCCCGGGCUUUGAACCGGGCUAUGGCCACGAUAUGAUGUCCUCUGGAACACCCUCCAUCGCUCCGUCAGAAGUUGGAUCAGAUGCCAAGAGUAACUCAACCACAAACGACAAUCCUGACAUGACUAUGUUUAAUAUUGUCUUCGUGUUGAACCCGCCGGCUCUGGAGUAUCAACUUCGCGUGAAGGACAUAUAUGACAACGUCACAAAGAAAUUUGCAAAAGCUCUCAAGUACGAGCAAGCUCGGUUUCAAUACGUGUGGAGAGAGUCAAAAAGAAUUAUCGAUGCUAAGCAACGCGCAAAAGAACGCAAUGAAUCUUUGACAGGAACAUGGCAGAAGAUUAUUAGUACCUCACCCUUGGCCAAGUCUAUCACCACCUUGUUUGAAGCUGUGUCUCACGACAAGAUUGCUCACAUACAUUUCGAUGCCUCAUUCAAUUCUUCCUUCCAGAUUCCGCAGGCAGAUUCGACACCUUAUCUUCCCAACGCCCUGGAACCACAAAUGCCAGGCCUGUGGCUUACAACUUCCAACGUUGUUGCCGAUAACGAGGACGGCGCGCCAAUGACGCAACAUGCGGCUCUUCUGCUCUUAGAUGACCCCGAUAUCAUCAUCAGGGACCUUCAAAGCUCGGGCGACAAGAACUACGCGGCCAUCCUUGGUUUUUACAUAAGAAGCAUUGUCCCUACCAAAUCUCUGCUUAAGAUAUCAACAAAACAGAAGAUAUCUGCUGAAGACAUGGAGUACAUAGCCACCCAUCUUGUUUACUGGCGUCGUGCACGUCUCAUCGCGCCUUUGCAUCCACGAGAUACAUAUAUUGUAUCGCCAAAUGCCGAUCUUUCGUACUUGCAGCCAGCCACCACUGCAUAUGCAGCCCGUUUCCCCACCCUUCCAUCCCUCCCAAAAAUGUUAUCCCUUCUUUCCGGAACUCCCAAACCCUAUCGAUUCUUUAUACCAACAGCUGAACAUAAAGACGCCUACAUGGAGAUUUUGGCCUGGCUUAUGCGCGGCGGUUGGGUGACGCAACUGCGUACAUUUGCGUGGGUCCGCGUUUCACCUGAUAUCAAAGAACGCGUGGAGAAAGACAUGGCAAAGCAGGAGCUGAUUCGAAAGGCACGGGAAGAAGAGCAACGGGAAUUGGAAGCCAUGAGCGAAUCGAUACUGUCCGACAAACGAUCAAGUUUUCUUUCGGCAGGGUCAGGCAGACCGGGAACGCCACUGCGCAAGUCGAGGAGGGACAGAGAAAGAGACGGAUCAGAAGAUGGAGCCGACGUGCUCAGUCCUAGGAUAGGAGCGACAGGGUGGAGGGGUAGUCCUGCUCGCACCGCGAGCGACGCAGGGAGUGCAAGCUCAUCGCGAACUGCCAUUCUUCACAAUUCAGCACGGCCAUCCUCACCCGCACAAGCCUCCACACACUCGCGAGAUAAUAUCGCGGCUGCCGCUGCGAAUCUACCUCAUCGCCCCUCCCCUCUCCAUUUGAAAGCAACAUCUCCAUCCCGCCUCUCGUCUCAUUCUCAAACCCAACGUGAUAGCCCGCUCUCCCCUACCUCUCCCUCAACAUUAACUCCAGGUGCCCAUGCGGCCACAUCAGCAAACCCCCCUCCCUCACCACCACUUCAAUCCCCGAAAGUGUUCACCCCUACCCUCAUUCUAUCUCCGCAGAAAGCAAGCUCUAUCGAGGCACGAUGGCUUGAGGAGAUUGUAAAAGGGUUCGACGACGACGAUCUCAAAGAGCAUUGGUCUAUGCUAUUGAAGUAUUUCGACGGAAGACAUGCAAUCGAAGAUAUGUGCCAUAGGGAAGGGAUCAAAAGAGGCAGAGUAGCAGCGCUGGUGAAUGCGGUGAAGGAGAGGGGGUGGCUGGUCGUUGUUCGGCAUUGGUAG